AGUAUAGUGUUCGCGACUAACCAGCAAUAAAUAAAUAACUAAUUACAUACAAGUGCCAGUGCAAGAGAAUAAAUUAUAGAUAAGUGAUCGAAGUAAUUAGAAUUUUGCAUCCGCCACAACAACAACAACAACAAUGGAUCCCUUUACCCAGCGCAUGCUCGAAAAGGCCGAACAGCGCAGUCGCGCACUCGGCAUAACAAAUGCCAGCAAAUUUCCAUUAGCUGAAUGCACUUUGACAAGCGAAGCGACGCCAGCAGCAACAACUAAGACAACGUCAUCAUCGACAUCGACAUCCGCAUCGGCAUCAGCAUCAGCAUCAGCGCCAACUGAAAGCAGUGCCUCUAGUAGCGCAGCUGGCAAAGUUGUUGUCCUCGACAAGGCAACGCUUUCGGCGUCGCCCACCAAGCCGCUGCGUCACUAUGCAGCGGUGAACAAGGAGAAUUUGGAAAUGGGCAUCGAGAUAAACAUAACCAGCGCCCAGCCAAUUGGGGUGCAAGUGGAAAUACAGGAGCAGGAUAUGAGCAGCGACGAGGAUGAAGAGCAGGAGCAGCAGCCGACUGCAGCCCUAAUCCCAAGUAAAGCCAGUGCUGCUGGUGGUGAUUUGGAGGCGCCUGUUAAUCAGCCUUUGGCCCGACUGCGAGACACCUCGCGCAGUCGACUGCAGCGUAUGGGCGCCCUCUACUCCAACACGGAUGACCUGUCCUCGCCCAUACAUCGCACCGAGGCGCAGUUCCAUGCCGACGAUGAGGACAACGUGGAUCGAGUGUCUCGUAGUCCGCGACGUGGCAAGCAGCGUCUGGGCAAGCUGGCCGCGUUGGCGGACACGAUUAACCAGUGGGAAGAUGACACGGCACAUCACGAUGUGCAUCAACCGCUGCUGGAUGCAGUGCCGCCGCCCAAGCCAGAUUUACCCAGUCGUCCGGCCAGAGCAGAUGCCGUGGAUGCAACAAGCGGCAAGACCAAACAAUUGAAAUGGGAUCCCAAGGUAUUGAGCUCAUUGGAGGCGCAAGGCUUCCAGCGACGCGAAUCUUCUACGGUUAAGCACACCUACGAUUAUGCCAAACAGGAGGAAUCCACAGCACCAUCAGUUGCAACAGCAACGGAAACAGUUGCAUCCACAGCCACAAGCACUGCAAAACCACCAUUGCCCGAGAAAUCUACUGCCGUCAGCCAGGUGGCCAAAACAUUUAGCGCCGCAGCCAGUGCGCCCGCUCCGGCUCCCAAAUCCGUGCCUGUGCCCGCUGCCCAAGUCAAAGCUGGCCUCGUCUCUGGCCGUGCGGCCAUCUUCGAGAGCAAAGCAAACAAUGGUCAAACGCAGGCAGCGCAGCGCAAUCAAAAGGAUCCGUGUGAGCUGUCGCUGAAGGAGCGCAUGAAACUCUUCGAGACAGGCAAUGCCAAGGCUAUGUUGCCCAAGGCGCCAAUUGGAACGGCGCCCAGCAUUAGCCAGCUACGAGCAGUGGUGGUAGAGGAGGAGCAGCCCAAGGCACAUCCAGUUAGCGUGGCCAGCCAACAGAGUCAAGCCAGCAAGCCACAGCCGAAGCCUGAGAGCAAGUUGCGCGACAAAGUGGCCGCCUUGGUGGCCUCUGCCCAGAGCAGCGCGGAGAAUCGCAUCAAAGACAUUGACAGACAGCGACAGGAGGAUAUGCAAAUCAUAGCCAAUCGUUUCAAUAAGCAAAAGGAACUCUUAACAACAGUGGCUCCUCCAGUGGCUCCUCCGCCUGCGCCACCUGUCAGCAGCAAAGUGGUGCGCCCCAUGCCGCCGCCACCACCACCGCCAAUGGCCACGGCCAGCAGCAAGCGGCGCUCACCUGGUGAUGUUAUUGACGAGGAGUCGAAGCGUGCCAGGAAAUCCCAUACGGGUGAUCGAUUGUAUCCGGCGCUAUCCGAUCUAGAUUCCAGUGGCGACAAUUGCUGUGCCACGGCCACCGCCUCGAUAAACGACGACACCGAGGAGGAGCUUGAAAGUUGCAUGGAUGAGUCCGAUGAGGAUGUGGCGGAGAAGGAGGCGGAGGAGGCGGAUCAGUCACAGACUGAGGACAGCAGUGCGGGCAUGUGCAACGGCAGCCUAGGUCGCGAGAUCUUGCACACGGUGCAGCGCAAUGAACAGCAACAGCAACAACAACAAGGCAAAAAGGUACGCUAUGCCGAACAGGAUCAUUAUUAUAGCAAUGAUGGCGACAGCUCAAUGAAUUCCUCACAAGUCUCUACGGGCAUUGAUGAUUAUUUGGAUGAAGCCCUAGUGGGUGACUAUGGCAGCACGCAGGAGGAUGACACCGAGGAUGAGCACAAUGCCAGUCAGCUAUCGCUGGGCAGCAAAGGCACAACAGCCUCCAACAGCUUCUCCUACCGCAAGCCGUCUAGUGCUGCUCUCUGUCAGACCAUUGAAGAGCAACAGGAGGCGAUGGAUGUGCAAACGCCUUUGCUUAAUGGCGCACAACCAGUCAAAUCGGAGUUGAGCGUCAAUCAGGAUAAUGAUAAUUUAGUUACGCUCGUGCACACCGUCAGCUUCUAUCGUCGCCAGCAGAAUGCCAGUAGCUCCAAUUCGACGCCAGUGCGUAAGAUUUGCCGGGAGCAGCAGAUUGUGCGCUCCGCUUUGAGCAACGACUGUCAUGCCAAGCACAAGCUGGAGUAUGAUUCGCCGCAGCAUGUGGAGCCGGCUGCCAGCAGCGAGGACGACGAAGAGGUGCAAAAUGCACGCGAAUCAAAUGAUGCGGCUUUGGCGCAGGAGAAGAUUAAGAAGCUGCUGAGCGAGGUGUGCAAGCAGCAGCAGGUGAUUGGACAGGCCAGCCAGGCGCUCAAUCUGUGCGCAGCCACUGUGGAAUUUUCGGGCUCCACCGAAUCUGUGGAGGGUGAACGUUAUCUACUGCUAGCAACUCAUCGUCGUCAGGCCUGCUUGGAUGAGGUGCAGCGUCUGCGCGUGGAGAACAGCAUACGGCCCGUGGGUGCGCCCAAGGAGAAGGGCCUGCUUACGGUAAAGGACAUCACCAUACCGCUGCGUCAAGAAUAUGUGCGUAAAAUGGCAACGGGCAGCAUCAACGGGCAUCAUUUGGUCUGCCUGCUCAAGUACAAUGAGCACGUGCUGGCCACCAAGACGGUGCCCACGAUGCCGGGUCUGCUCUCUGUCAAAUUUCCCGAUGUGCUGCAGCUAAACAACGUCUAUGCGGACUUUAGAAUUACUCUAGAGAUUUAUGGUAUGCUGGCGCAGCGGGAUCAGCUGCCGCACGAACUCAAAUACCACAUCAAUGUGAAUAAGAAGGGCGGCAUUAAGACGCCCAAGAAGAAGGGCGGCGAAAAUCGUUUGGUUAUGCCCCCCGUCCAGAGUCCAGCCGGUCCCCAUGUGGUGCGUACGCCACAGCUGGUGCAAUAUGGUUUCGCCAUCUUCUCGCUGCGUGAGAUUCAACGCACCAGCUGGACGUUGACACAAGUGCUGGGCGUGAGUCCGCUCGACGGCACCGUGCACAUGAAGGUCAACUGUGAGCUGUCGGUGAGCGUGGAGUACAAGGGUUUCCUAACCAUGUUCGAGGAUAUCUCUGGCUUUGGUGCCUGGCAUCGUCGCUGGUGCUAUCUAAAUGGCGCCGUCCUCAGCUACUGGAAGUAUCCCGAUGACGAGAAGAAGAAGGCCCCGAUGGGCAGCAUUGAUUUGAAUACGUGCAGCUCACAGAAAGUGUGCACAGCGCCGCGUGACAUCUGUGCACGUCUGAAUACGAUGCUGCUCGAGUGCGAGCGUCCUGCCCUGGAUACCGAUCAGGAGUCGUUGAUUAUUGUGCCCAAUGGACGGACGACAACGGUGCGGUAUUUGCUCUCGGCCGACACGAAGGAGGAGCGUGAGGAGUGGUCGGCUUAUCUGAACAAGGCGUUGACAUUGCUGCGCGCCUGGGGCACAACGCAUUGAACAAGGGGGCGUGCGAGCAGACAGCAGUGUUGGGCGGUGGGCGGUGCUUU